AUGAACGUUUCAAACAUUACAAAACUGGAAACAUUAAUGCGGAAUGCGACUAACAUCUCCUCGAUGACCGGAACUCCGCAUACUAGCACAGCAUAUAUAGGCUACUUGUUCGGCAUCCUGACGCUCUUCAGCUACACCUUCCACCCAUUCUUCAUAUCGGUCUACUGCACAACCGCGAGCCUGCGAACACCGUUCUCCGUGUACGUGGUCAGUAUGUCCGUCUGUGACCUUAUUAAGGCCCUCACGAACGGUAUCGCCAAAAUCACGACCAACUUAAAUAUAUCAUGGUUUCUGGGCGAUUUCUACUGCCUGCUGACCUUAUACUGCGCCCAGACCAUCUCCCCCGUCGUCACGUACAUCCAAGUGCUGAUCAGUGUUAACCGGUUCUGGGCCGUUACCUUCCCGAAUAAUUAUCGUACCCAUCAUAACAAAAAAGUCGCCGCUGCUCUAGUAAUUUCCGUGAUCGUGUUUGUCAAUGCCUGGUCGCUGUUGGGAUUUAUAACCGAAAGCAUCUAUAAUCGCAAUCCUGAGCAGAUCCGGCUGUGUUUAUUAGGAUUCGGUGCGAAGAAGUCGGUGUAUUUUCUUCUGUAUGGCGUGGUCAUCCAUCUCGUCCCGCAACUGCUGGUAAUCGGGAUUUAUCCGUUUAUUUAUUACAAGGUGCAUAAAGUGAUGAAAAACAAAGCGCAGAUUGGGCAAUCUACCGGGGGCGGUAGCCAGGCGGCCUCCAAAGCCACGGUAUCCACGCUGGUGUCGCGUAGCCAGACGGAUUCCGGUUCGACCGGCACAUUGCGCAGUGUAAAAAUGCCGAUGCGCACUAAAGAUCGCCGCAACGAGACGUAUAGUCCGCACCCGGCUCCGCAGAGCAGAGCCACCAGAGCGAGCGGAACCCGGCAUUUUGCCGUACUGACCACGCUGUUGAUUAGCGCGACACUGCUGUGGACACCGGCGCAUGUGGCGUAUAUCUUAGCCAUGUCGGGAAAGUACUUUAAUUUCACUUUACUGAAUGUUACUGGUUUCUUUUUCGACAUGGAUUGCACUAUCAGUCCGUUGCUGUGCUUGUUGGCGUCAAAAGACUGGCGCGAGGCUGUGGGGGGUAUUUGGCGAUCUCGGGGUGCUGGUUUCAGCAGGAAGUAA